CGUCGGCUUCAGCGUCCUCCCUUUGAUGAGCAUCCUCCUCGGUGUCGGUUUUGAAGAGGUCCUCCCUUAGCUGCUCCCGUGUGUGUCUACAUGACAGCCGCUUAGGUUCUCACGUACAGUCAAACAGAAAGGAACAACACCAUGGCGAGAAACCGUAAAGACAGAGACAGCUGGGGUGAGUGGUUAAUAAUUAUGAAGAUGACUAAAUUGGUCCUCUCUAGACGCACAUAAAAAUGGGUGCGCUAUUUAGCCUAUUUCAUGUAGCCUAGGCUAGGGAAAGUCUCAGCAAUGCAGCUGAUCAGAUGUUUGUGCGUUAAUCAUGAUGAAGCAGUCGUUGCAAUUUGCAUGUUGUUGUCAGAACAAACCGUUAUAUCUAUUGAAUGCUCAACCGUCGCAAAAACGCUGGCCUGGACCAGACACAACCAAACCCCGUUCAGCUGCUCAACUAAUAUAAACACAAGCCAAGCAUCUAUUCUAUUCUAUUCUGUUCUAUUCACUCUAGUCUACAGGCCAAUGGAUCGUCUGUCUGAGCAUCCCCGCACCCUUUAGAAUGAUUAUGGCACAGAAUAACGAACGACAGCAAUUCAAACACAAUGCUAGAAUUAACCAGUGUUAGCGAGAUUUGAUUUACAGGCCUAGGCCCUUACCGAAAUAACUGUCAAGGCGGUGCCAAAGUGGGUAUGGGUGGACUUGAGGCAAACAGAUGGCAUCAUCCUGACCGUUACAUUUCACUCUGCUACUGUAUGUAUGUCUCUGCUUUCUGAUUGGUGUUCAUCUCAUAUCUGUUUGAUAAACACCAAUUGUGCCAUACCAUUUGGGUCUGUUAUCACAUAGUAAAAAUGAGCUUGCUAAUGAACCAUCAUCGUUAGACAUACUAAGAGUCAUAGAUAUAGAAAGAAUCCUGCUAUAUUGUCUAUGCCAAAGAGCUGUCAGGCAUUCAACAUAAUGUAGCCUAUUAUGAUAGCUAGAAUGACUGGUUUGGAAGCUACAGAGUGACAUAGAAUGCUCCCGAGUGGCGCAGUGGUCUAAGGCACUGCAUCGCAGUGCUAGCUGUGCCACUAGAGAUCCUGGUUCGAAUCCAGGCUCUGUCGUUGCCGGCCGCGACCGGGAGACCCAUGGGGCGGCGCGCACAAUUGGCCCAGCGUCGUCCAGGGUAGGGGAGGGAAUGGCCGGCAGGGGAUGUAGCUCAGUUGGUAGAGCAUGGCGUUUGCAACGCCAGGGUUGUGGGUUCGAUAAAAUAAUGUAUGCACUCACUAACUGUAAGUCGCUCUGGAUAAGAGCGUCUGCUAAAUGACUAAAAUGUAAAUGUAAAAAUGAAUGGUGUUGUUUAUUACCAGAGAGAGUUGAGCAGCUAUGAGCACUGACCCAGUACAUUUACAGAGUAGACCCCUAGACCAUACUCUGCUGAUGUCUGAAGCUGCUCUGUAGCAGAAGUCAAGGAGCAGCUAGUCUGGAAGUUGGGGGUUGUGUCCCAAAUUACACCCUAUUCCCUAUAUAGUGCACUACUUUUGACCAGGUAAUGCACUACAUCAUAGGGUGCCAUUUGGGAUGAUACCUUGAUGUGGCGAUACCUGUUGUUUUAGGACAGGCAUCAUUGCUUUGCUUUGGCCUUUGUUAGUGAGAAUAAAUAAAUGCACCAGUCCAGACCUGAGAAACAUAGGAGGACAGGACUGUUUACAUGAUUAACUGUGUUCUGCACUCUGCAUUCAUUUUAAUGCCCCAAAAUGGUCUCUUCCUUUCCCUUAGUCAAUGUUGUAUUUAAUGACUCUUGCCAUGUUUGUUAUUAUGUCAUCUUAUACAAAUAGAGCUUGGAGUGUUGUGGGCGAUAAGAUGUAUAGGGAUGUAGCUCAGUUGGUAGAGCAUGGUGUUUGCAACGCCAGGGUUGUGGGUUCGAUUCCCACGGGGGGGGGGGGGGGGGGGGGGGGGCAGUAUGAAAAAUAAAAUAAUGUAUGCAACUGUAAGUGGCUCUGGAUAAGAGCGUCUGCUAAAUGACUAAAAUGUAAAUGUAAAAUGUAAAUAUAUCCUUUGGUUUUCUCUGAGAGAGAUAGUAGGCGUUCUAUCUGUCAACUCUUCUCUGUGUUAACAGCCUGCUAACGCAAGAGUUUACUUCAAGGGAAGAAAAUGAUUCAAUGUUGUCUAUUGCCAACCACACACACACCGAUAAACAGACAGCCACCAUAUCGUCACUGUGUGCCCCUCUGUCUUUUCCCUGUGAGCAGACUAGCUAGGAUUUUGUGGCCUACACAGCCAUUAGGUCUCUGGAGACUGUGGAGAGGCAGACAGAUUGCAGGCAGACUGAGUCACUGCUUGCCCGGAAAGGAAAGCAAAGCAAAGCUCUCUCUCUCUCUCUCUCUCUCUCUCUCUCUCUCUCUCUCUCUCUCUCUCUCUCUCUCUCUCUCUCUCUCUCUCUCUCUCUCUCUCUCUCUCUCUCUCUCUCUCUCUCUCUCUCUCUCUCUCUCUCUCUCUCUCUCUCAGCGGCAAUCCUCUGUUCUGAAGUGAACCAAUGCUUAACUUGAAUCAUUACUGGAUUUAACAUCUCGCUCAGCUACAGUAUGGUGGAGUCCCAAAUAACACCCUAUUCCCUAUAUAGUGCACUACUUUUGACCAGGGCCCAGUCUAUAUAGGGAAUAGGGUGCCAUUUGGGACACAGUUUAUGUGAUGAGAUGAUACUGAUCUGUUAACCACCGGGUAGAUAGCUGGUUUUACAUUUACAUGUACAUUUUAGUCAUUUUAGCAGACGCUCUUAUCCAGAGCCACUUACAGUUAGUGAGUGCAUACAUUUUUCAUAUGGUAUUAACAAGCCUUUAACAUUGCCUGUCAUUUACUAAAAAGCUAUUGAGAUAUCCAUAUUUUAAUUAAAAUUCAUAGAAACUGUGUAUAUUUGUCUGUAAACUAGUCAAUCAUCCAUUUUGUGUGCUUUGAUGACAUCAUCCUCUUUGCAGCUUAUUCCUCCUCCCUCUGGGUAAUGGCGUAAAGUCUGUCUCCAUUUCCCCUCUAACCCUGAGGAAGGUAUUGGGUGCUGAAACGUUGGUUCCCUAAUAAAUCAGACGCACGUGAAAGCAUUAUGGGAUGUGCAACAUUCUUUAAUUUGUACUCUUCCUCCCGUGUCACGUCACAGGGUCCUUCACAGACAAAGCCACCUACGACUGGAGCUCAGAGGAGGAGGAGCCUGAUGGAAGGGCGCGGCCCAUCCAGGUGCUUGUUGUCAAGGACGACCACACCUUUGAGCUGGACGAGGCGGCGCUGAGCCGGAUCCUAUUGGCCGAAGAGGUCCACAACAGGGAGGUGGUGGCCAUAUCUGUGGCCGGGGCGUUCCGCAAGGGAAAGUCCUUCCUCAUGGACUUCAUGCUGCGCUACAUGUACAGCCAGGUGAGUUCAAAGGUCAUGCUUGUGUAACCGAUGGGGGAUCGGUAACCUCACUCUCCUCAGCUUGAAAUUUCUCCAUCCACGCUGCGGAAAUGCUAGCUUUUUUGGUGGCGCAGUUGGCUAAGAUGUUAGGGAGGUCACUUGUGUUUGUGAGACAGAGGUCCAGAGAUCCAGUCUCUGUGUGAGCUGGUGAGGAAGGAAGCGAUACUGUUAAGUGACGCCUGUCACUCUUGGUUUUGUGUUCAUAUCUCUUGACCCGGCUACGACCCAUCCCUCAGCAUGUAAGAGACCAUCUGUAAUUAAACUUUGCAUCAGUGUGCUGCAUUGGGCAUAAUGUGAUGAUUGAGGUUAUGAUGUGUGUUACUGUUUUAAGGUUUUGUGACUAAUAAUAGCCAAUAAUUGGUCCAAGAAGCAUUGAUCUGUGUUGUAUUUCUCUCUGUAUCUAAUCUAUAUCCCCAGGCGUCUGAGGAGUGGCUGGGGGAGGCAGAGGAGCCUCUGACAGGAUUCUCCUGGAGGGGUGGAUCUGAGAGGGAGACCACAGGCAUUCAGAUCUGGAGCGAAGUCUUUCUGGUGGACAAGCCAGAUGGACGCAAGGUACCAGAUCCUCACCUUUGACCUGUAUUCACGGGACUGCGUCUCAAACGGCACCCUAUUCCCUACAUACAGUGCCUUCGGAAAGUAUUCAGACCCCUUGACUUUUUCCACACUUUGUUACGUUACAGCCUUAUUCUAAAAUUGAUGAAAUAAUCCUCAGCAAUCGGCACACAAUACCCCAUAAUGACACAGCGAAAAUAGGUUUUUAGAAAUUUUUGCAAAUGUAUAAAAAAUGAAAACUCACAUUUACAUAAGUAUUCAGACCCUUUGCUAUGAGACUCGAAAUUGAGCUCAGGUGCAUCUCGUUUCCAUUGAUCAUCCUUGAGAUGUUUCUACAACAUGAUUGGAGUCCACCUGUGGUAGAUUUCAUUGAUUGGAGAUGAUUUGGAAAGGCACACACCUGUCUAUAUAAGGUCCCACAGUUGACAGUGCAUGUCAGAGCAAAACCCAAGCCAUGAGGUUGAAGGAAUUGUCCGUAGAGCUCAGAGACAGGAUUGUGUCGAGGCACAGAUCUGGGGAAGGGUACCAAAACAUUUCUGCAGCAUUGAAGGUCCCCAUGAACACAGUGGCCUCCAUCAUUCUUAAAUGGAAGAAGUUUGGAACCACCAAGACUCUUCCUAGAGCUGGCCGCCCGGCCAAACUGAGGAAUCGGGGAAGAAGGGCCUUAGUCAGAGAGGUGACCAAGAACCCGAUGGUCACUCUGACAGAGCUCCAGAGUUCCUCUGUGGAGAUGGGAGAACCUUCCAGAAGGACAACCAUCUCUGCAGCACUCCACCAAUCAGGCCUUUAUGGUAGAGUGGCCAGACGGAAACCACUCCUCAGUAAAAGGCACAUGACAGCCCACUUGGAGUUUGCCAAAAGGCACCUAAAGACUUUCAGACCAUGAGAAACAAGAUUCUCUGGUCUGAUGAAAUCAAGAUGAAACUAUUUGGCCUGAAUGUCAAGCGUCACGUCUGGAGGAAACCUGGCACCAUCCCUACGGUGAAGCAUGGUGGUGGCAGCAUCAUGCUGUGGGGAUGUUUUUCAGCGGCAGGGACUGGGAGACUCGUCAGGAUCGAGGCAAAGAUGAACGGAGCAAAGUACAGAGAGAUCCUUGAUGAAAACCUGCUCCAGAGCGCUCAGGACCUCAGACUGGGGCGAAGGUUCACCUUCCAACAGGACAACGACCCUAAGCACACAGCCAAGACAACGCAGGAGUGGCUUCGGAAACAAGUCUCUGAAUGUCCUUAAGUGGCCCAGCCAGAGCCCGGACUUGAACCCGAUCAAAUAUCUCUGUGCAGCAACGCUCCCCAUCCAACCUGACAGAGCUUGAGAGGAUCUGCAGAGAAGAAUGGGAGAAACUCCCCAAAUACAGGUGCGCCAAGCUUGUAGCGUCAUACUCAAGAAGACUUGAGGCUGUAAUUGCUGCCAAAGGUGCUUCAACAAAGUACUGAGUAAAGGGUUUGAAUGCUUAUGUAAAUGUGAUAUUUCAUUUAUUUUUUUAUAAAAUAGCAAAUAUAUAUAUAUAUAUAUAUAUAUAUAUAUAUAUAUAUAUAUAUAUAUAUUUUAAUUUUUUUUUAACUGUUUUUGCAUUGUCAUUAUGGGGUAUUGCGUGUAGAUUGAUGAGGGGGAAAAAACAAUUUAAUUAAUUUUAGAAUAAGGCUGUAACGUAUCAAAAUGUGGAAAAAGUCAAGGGGUCUGUAUACUUUCCGAAGGCACUGUAGUGCACUACUUUUGACCAGAGCCCUAUGGGUAGAUUCGGUAUGACGACCUCAGUUAGAGGCCCAAUCUAUGAUAUCUACAGACGUUUUUGAUCAUCGUAGUCAGGGAUGGGCCCGCUCAGUGGAACUCAGUCGGGGUCUCAACUUACUGUUGAGAGUUAUAAUAGUAGAAUACAGAAGGUGCCAUUUAUUUAAUGGGGUUGUGUGCAUCAGCAGUUUUUCUCUUGUUGUCAGUCACUGAUCGGCACUUAAUUAGCUCAUGUCAGCUACAUUUUUUAGAUUGGUAAGUUAGUCUAGCGGCCAGCUAUCUAAACCUGCAGUAAUCAUGCAAAUAUUUAUCUCCGCCCCAUUGCAAAAUGUGUAGAAUUGCAGAAAGCUUGGUCUAAAACUGCAACAUUUUCUCUACGCCCCAUGGCAAAAUGUGUAGAAUUGCAGGAAAAUGAACUGUAAAUCUUCAGUUUUGUCUCUCCUGUUAAACUGUAAUAACAUUAACACUGAUGAAUGAAGAGUUAUGCUCUCCUGUCUCGUCCCUCAGGUGGCAGUUCUACUGAUGGAUACUCAGGGAACGUUUGACAGCCAGUCAACGUUGAGGGAUUCAGCCACUGUGUUUGCACUAAGCACUAUGAUCAGCUCCAUGCAGGUACAGUACAGUGGUUUUGGCCCUAACGACCCCGCUGUCUUAACAGGUACAGUGGCUUUGGCCCUAACGACCCCGCUGUCUUAACAGGUACAGUGGCUUUGGCCCUAACGACCCCGCUGUCUUAACAGGUACAGUGGCUUUGGCCCUAACGACCCCGCUGUCUUAACAGGUACAGUGGUUUUGGCCCUAACGACCCCGCUGUCUUAAACAGGUACAGUGGCUUUGGGCCCCCUACGACGCACAGACGACCCCCGUGUGUGUCUUAACAGGUACAGUGGCUUUGGCCCUAACGACCCCGCUGUUCUUAAAACAGGUACAGUGGUUUGGCCUAACGGCUGUUUACAGUACAGGGCUUUGGCCCUAACGACCCCGCUGUCUUAACAGGACAGUGGCUUUGGCCCUAACGACCCCGUGGCUUCUUAUGGGACCCGCGUACCCCUUAACGCCCACCGAAUCAUUAACAGGUUAUCCCAGCCUAACGCGCUGUCUUAAACAGGUGGUGUUGGGCCUACAGGGCUGUUUAAACCGGUGUCCCGUGGCUUUGGCCCUAACGACCCCGCGUCUUCUAACAGGGUACAUCGUGGCUUUGGCCCUAACGACCCCGCUGUCUUAACAGGACAGUGGCUUUGGCCCUAACGACCCCGCUGUCUUAACAGGUACAGUGGCUUUGUGCCCUAACAGACCCCUUGGUCCCGCGCUGAGUAGUAACAGGUACAUGUGGCUUUGGCCCCUAACGGACCCCGCUGUCUUAACAGGUACAGUGGCUUUGGCCCUAACGACCCCGCUGUCUUAACAGGUACAGUGGUUUUGGCUCCCGCUAAGACGACCCGGCUGUCUUAACAGGUACAGUGGUUUUGGCCCUAACAACCCCGCUGUCUUAACAGGUACAGUGGCUUUGGCCCUAACGACCCGGCUGUCUUAACAGGUACAGUGGCUUUGGCCCUAACGACCCCGCUGUCUUAACAGGUACAGUGGUUUUGGCCCUAACGACCCCGCUGUCUUAACAGGUACAGUGGCUUUGGCCCUAACGACCCCGCUGUCUUAACAGGUACAGUGGCUUUGGCCCUAACGACCCCGCUGUCUUAACAGGUACAGUGGCUUUGGCCCUAACGACCCCGCUGUCUUAACAGGUACGGUGGCUUUGGCCCUAACGACCCCGCUGUCUUAACAGGUACAGUUGGCUUUGGCCCUAACGACCCCGCUGUCUUAACAGGUACAGUGGCUUUGGCCCUAACGACCCCGCUGUCUUAACAGGUACAGUGGUUUUGGCCCUAACGACCCCGCUGUCUUAACAGGUACAGUGGCUUUGGCCCUAACGACCCCGCUGUCUUAACAGGUACAGUGGCUUUGGCCCUAACGACCCCACUGUCUUUGAACAUAAAUAAUGACAUUGCUUGGAGACCUUGACAAUGGUAGACCUUCUGUGCCAAAACAUGUUGGAGUAGAAAAGUGUUCUUGUUUCGCAGGUGUACAACAUCUCCCAGAAUGUGCAGGAGGAUGAUCUUCAACACUUGCAGGUAAGUAGACGGAUUGAUUACAUCACCUACAGUAUGACUGAGGUCUUUCACUGUGGAGACACUCAGAUAGAUGAUGACUGUUUCUCUAAACAUGAUAAACAAAUGCACUCUACUUUAAACUCCUGACCAAUAUAGAAUAUUUAUGUCUUGUCCUGUCUCUUCGUGGCGUUUGUAGCUCUUCACUGAGUACGGCAGACUAGCCAUGGAGGAGACGUUCCUACUAAACCAUCAGGUAGGCACACGUCCUUUCUGUAUUGACGUUUCAGGUGACAUGCUGAGUUCUGGCCAAUUGAGCCCCACUGGUUUGAACAUAUAUCAUUCUGGAAGGCCUUGACAAGGCUAUCAGACCUUCUGUGCCAAUGAGGUUGAGUCAGAGAAUGCUGUUUACAGGUGUGACAAAUCUCGAAUGGCAGGGAUGAUUUCCAAACUGGUUAGAGGUGAUUCAGUAGAACGGAAUUGAUUACAUACCCAGAAUGCUGUAAGAGGUUUCAUUUCAAUGUGGAAGACACUCAGAUGUUAAUGACGUUAUUCAGAACAAAGGCAUUUUUAAAAUUCAGUCCCAAAUGUUUUAUGAGGUUGAUGUCUUUCGUGGCGUUAUGAGUGUCUUCCAACUGAGUUAUGGCAGACUAGCCAUGGAGAGGUGAUUCCUUAACCAGUGCGGUUAAGGGACACGUUUCCGACUGUUGUUAAUGAGGUUGUUCAGUUGACCAUGACUGCGUUUAAUGAGGUUGAGUCGUCCAGAGAGGCUGGUUUAACGAGGCUGAUUCAGUUACCGAAGCUGGUUUAACAAGGCUGAUCCAGUUUACCAGAAUGCUGGUUUAAUGAGGUUGAUUCAGUUUACCAGAAGGCUGGUUUAAUGAGGUUGAUUCAGUUUACCAGAAUGCUGGUUUAAUGAGGUUGAUUCAGUUUACCAGAAUUCUGGUUUAAUGAGGUUGAUUCAGUUUACCAGAAUGCUGGUUUAAUGAGGUUGAUUCAGUUUACCAGAAUGCUGGUUUAAUGAGGUUGAUUCAGUUUACCAGAAUGCUGGUUUAAUGAGGCUGAUUCAGUUUACCAGAAGGCUGGUUUAAUGAGGCUUGAUUCAGUUUACCAGAAGGCUGGUUUAAUGAGGUUGAUUCAGUUUACCAGAAUGCUGGUUUAAUGAGGCUGAUUCAGUUUAUCAGAAGACUGGUUUAACUCAAGCUGGUUUAACGAGGCUGAUUCAGUUUACCAGAAUGCUGGUUUAAUGAGGUUGAUUCAGUUUACCAGAAUGCUGGUUUAAUGAGGCUGAUUCAGUUUACCAGAAUGCUGGUUUAAUGAGGUUGAUUCAGUUUACCAGAAUGCUGGUUUAAUGAGGCUCAUUCAGUUUACCAGAAGACUGGUUUAACUCAAGCUGGUUUAACGAGGCUGAUUCAGUUUACCAGAAGACUGGUUUAACGAGGCUGAUUCAGUUUACCAGAAGGCUGGUUUAAGUCCGACUGGUUUAAUGAGGCUGAUUCAGUUUACCAGAAGGCUGGUUUAACUCCGACUGGUUUAACAAGGCUGAUUCAGUUUACCAGAAGGCUGGUUUAACUCAGACUGGUUUAAUGAGGCUGAUUCACCAGAGCAGGAACUAUUUAGGUCCUAUUUACUUUGGUAGCUUCUUGCUGUUAGAGACUUUCCUUGCUAAUGGUUUGCCACUGCACCGUAACUUAGUGAACCCAUGUCUGUAUUGUUCCAGUCCAUGAUAUUCCUGGUCCGGGACUGGAGUUUUCCCUACGAGUUUGGCUACGGACAGGAAGGAGGCAUGAAGUUCCUGGAGAAGAGACUCAAGGUCAGAGGUCACAGAUGAACAAUGAUUAUAAUGGUUCAUAUAAAGAUGACAACAACAAGAAGAGUUAUAUUAACACAGUGUCGUUAAUUGAAACCAAAAGGCUGCUAUUUAUGCGACAUGAUCAUGUUAGAUAUAAUAAUAAUACUAAUAAUAAUACUAAUAUAAGAAGACACUUUAAUCCAAACAAACAUACAGAUCCCUGUAAUCCCCUGCGGGAAUUGAACCCAUGACCUUGGCAAUUGGUAGCAGUACCCUGUUACCAACUGAGCGUGUGUCUGUGGUUCUGUGUUCUAGAUCUCAGAGAACCAGCACGAGGAGCUGCAGAACGUUCGUAAACACAUCCACUCCUGCUUCACCAAUAUCUCCUGCUUCCUGAUGCCCCACCCCGGACUCAAAGUGGCCACCAACCCCAACUUCGACGGCAGACUCAAAGGUACAAUACAUAUUUUGGCAUCUUGGUGGUCUUAAAACAAAUAAUAAUAAUAAUAAUAAGCCAUUUAGCAGACGCUUUUAUCCAAAGCGACUUACAGACACACCUUGGGAUGACAACAGACUAAUCCCAUUGAUGAAUUUAAAGCACACUCAAGUAAGAUGUUCCUUUGAUGAAAUUUCAUAUGAAUUCUGAAAUUUUCACAGCAUGACAAGAAGUGUGUUUUUGUAUAGCCCUCCUCUUCAGCUAAUGUUGCCUCUCCCUGACCUGUGUGCAGAGGGUCGCUGGUUCACGCCCAGCUCGAGGCAGGACCGGUUACAUAACUACCCUACCAUUCUCCUAAUCUCACUUCUCCCUGACCUGUGUUUAGAGAUCGACCGCGAGUUCGUCAACAACCUGCAGAUCCUGGUCCCGUGGCUGCUGAGUCCCAAGAACCUGGAUGUCAAGGAGAUCAACGGCAGCAACAUCACCUGCAGAGGCCUGCUGGAGUACUUCAAGGUCUGAGCCUUAGAUUUUAGCCUGGUUUUCAGAUCUGUUUGUGCUGUCUUGCCAAGUCCUAUUGUUGUUGUCAGGAGUUAACAAGACGGCACAAACAGAUCUGGCACCAGGCUACUUGAAUUUGGUAUGGUUAAACAAUGUGCAUCGAGGUACCAGUUUCAGUGUAGUGAAUGCUUCAACCACCCAGUGAAAAUAAUGAUAUUGAAAUGUUGUUAAGUAAUGUUGGUGUUUGUAGAUGACGAUUCCCCCCCUCCCCCCCCCCUCCCCCCCCUCCCCCCCCCACCCCCACCCCCCCCAGGCAUACAUCAAAAUCUACCAGGGGGAGGAGCUGCCACACCCAAAAUCCAUGUUGCAGGUACACAGUGUCUUGUGUUUAUCUUUCUGCCGUCAUUAUAAUGCAUCACCUGAUGAAUAUAACAUGUGCUGUGUGUUGUUCCUCAGGCCACAGCAGAGGCCAACAACCUCGCGGCGGUGGCAGCAGCCAGGGACCUGUAUAACAAGAAGAUGGAGCAGGUGACAAAAGACAGAGCUGUGUUCUGUUACGGACCUAUCCGGGCUUAUCUCCAAUUCUAAUGCCUUCCUGAGACCUACUGUUGUGUCCCCCUGUACUGUAGUCAUUCUCCUGAAGAGUGAAUGCUCAAUUUCACCCCCCCCCCUCCUCCUCCUCUUUCUCCUCCCCCUCUCCCCCCUCCAUUCCUCCCCCUCUCUCCCCAGGUGUGUGGUGGGGACCGGCCCUUCCUGGCCCCAGCAGAGCUCCAGGCCAGACACAGUGACAUCAGAGAGGAAGCCCUCCAGGUGUUCCGGGGGGUCAAGAAGAUGGGAGGGGAGGAGUUCAGCCGACGCUACCUGCUACAGCUGGAGGGAGAGGUAUGUCACAGGUGGGAUCUGAACCCCCUGUCUCUCGCUCGGGAAACCAACCAGCUGGAGGGAGAGGUAUGUCACAGGUGGGAUCUGAACCCCCUGUCUCUCGCUCGGGAAACCAACGUGUUUCUUAACCAUUAGCCCAAUAAAUUGGAAGUUGGGUGCUACCUGCGAGUCCAACUCACCUCCGAUAUAGUCACCCACCCUUUUUUUGCGGCAUGUAAUGACAACAACCUAUCGGAAUACAUACAGUACCUAUAUAAUGUCUACACACCCCCUUUAACUUUUUUUCAUAUUUUGUUGUCGGUGCCUCAGUGCAUUUAUAGAAGGAUUUUCCUCACUUAUCUACACACCAUACUCUACACUUUAAAGGGGAUUUUUGUUUUAAUUGUGAAAAAUUAUAUAAAAAAUACAAAACUGAAAUAUCAUAGUUGGAAAGGUCUGAGUUAAUACUUGGUGGAAGCACCGUUGGCAGUAAUUACAGCUGUGAGUCUGUUGGGAUAGGUCUCCACCCCCCUCUGAGUUAAUACUUGGUGGAAGCACCGUUGGCAGUAAUUACAUGCUGAAAGGUGAACUUCCAUCCCAGUUUCAGCUUUCUUGCAGAGGGCAGCAGCUUUUCCUCAAGGACUUUUCUGUACAUUGCUCCAUUAAUUUUCUGUUCUAUCCUGAUCAGAAACUUCUCCAUAACGUGGUGCUGCCACCACCAUGCUUCACAGUAGGGACGGUGAUGUGCCAUGUUGGGUUCGUGCCAAACGUAACGCUUUUGCAUUUAGGCCAAAAAGUUCCGUUUUUGUUUCAUCAGACCACAAAUGGCUAAAGAAUCUCCUGAGUAUUUCUUUGCAUCCCUCAAACAGGAUUCCAGGUGGGCUUCCUUCUGGCCACGCUACUUUACAUGGCAGGUUUAUGGAGUGCUUGGGACAUUGUUGUCACGUGCACACUUUGACCAGUCUUGGUCAAUAAAAGCCUGUAGCUCUUUCAAAGUUGCCAUUGGAUUCUUGGUAGCCUCUCUGAUCAGUCUCCUAUAUAAAUACAAUUAAAUAAAUUAAAUAAAGACUACAUAUGUCGAGUCAAUCGCGAAAUUACCUUUAAAUUAGAAUUCUGCUGUAGUGCUCAAACUGACCCCCCCCCCCCCCCCUAAAAUACAUCUGUGUCUGGGACCCCCCCUCCCCUCCCCUCCCCUCCCCUCCUAAAUACAUAUUUCUAGAGUAGCACUGUGGCAAAUGGAACCGAUCCCCAAUAACCAACCCUGUUUCAGGUGGACGAGGUGUUCGUCCAGUACAUCAAGCACAACGACUCCAAGAACAUCUUCCACGCCGCACGUACCCCGGCCACGCUGUUCGUGGUCAUCUUCAUCAUGUACGUGGCGGCGGGGAUCACGGGCUUCGUGGGGGUCGACAUCAUCGCCAGCGUGUGUAAUAUGAUUCUGGGGCUGACGCUGAUCACCCUGUGUACCUGGGCCUACAUCCGCUACUCUGGGGAGUACCGUGAGCUGGGGCAGGUCAUCGACCAGGUGGCUGGAGCACUCUGGGACCAGGUAGGUGCUGUGUCCCAAAUAGCACCUUAUGCCAGGGCUACGGUGUCCAUUUUAGGACAUCCUCAGCCUCAUACCUCACCCAUCAUUGAGUCAAAUCUCACUCCUUCUUGAGGGGAUUGACUCAAAGGAGGAAACGGAAUGACUCAAGGAGGGGUGAGGUUUGAGGCUGAGGAUGUCCUGAAAUGGACACCGUACAUGCGCUCUAUUAAAAUGUGUGUUAUCAUAUAGAUGUGUGUGCCAUAAAGUGAUUAAAGGUUUGAGGACUCCUAAACCACAGGGAUCCUCACAGUUUUAACUAGUAUAUAAAUACGUUAUAGAGCAUCUAAACCACUAGGUGGCGACAUACAACACAUUUUACUGUGUUGAACAAAUCUGGGAAUAAUCACAACGUGUACGUCUUUUAGAGUUUGGGCUGAAGGAAACAUUUCAAACAUGUAAAUAUUCAUACUACAUUUGAUUUAUUUGAUUAUUUGUCUAAGACUGUUUUUGUUUUUCUCUAUGUUUUGCAACAGGGAAGCACAAAUGAGGUGAGUGGGGAGUUGUGUUCUCAGUCAGUCAGUGUAGUCCAUAGAGAUAGAAAGAGGACUCCAGAUGGAUAUUACCAGUUUUUUUCCCCAUAAUAGCACAGAUACAAAGAUAAGUCCUCUUUCUUCUCCAUCGCUAUGGUGUACUGUAUGUUUCAAUACGUCUGUCUAUCUUGAGCAUUCCAAUAUUGGUUAGUCUGAAAUGUACCCUCUUCCUCUCCUGUUGUUCACAGGUUCUGUAUAAGGCUAAAUGUUUCCUAGGAAGUACUGUUUCCUGUACAGAGCCAUAUUGCACACAUUUAGAACCAACGAUCUUGAGCAUUCCGACAUUUCUUUUUUUUAAAUGCCCCCCCUCUUCUUGGCCAGAUAGUUACGAUCCCUCUUUCCUCUCCUCUCCUUUUCUCCAGGCGUUGUAUAAGCUGUAUAACGCUGCAGCCAAUCACGGGCAUCUGUACCACCACGCGUUCUCUGGUCCCCAGGCCCCCGGAGAGGAGGGGGAGGCCCCCGAGAAACCCACCAGGAAGAGGAACUGACUGGCUGACCUGAUUUGGCUAGAGCACAGCAGGGACUGCUGGGUACCUCUUAAGUAGCAUGAUGGACAGAGAGG